CGAGCCGCAGCUCGUGGAGUCAGUGUAUCAGUGUGUGUCCCAGCCCGCUGCUGCAAGUGUGUGUGUAUCACCGCGUCGCUGUGUACUCCAAUGCGUGUGUGACUCCGGCGCUCUCAUUGCGUACCACAGGUGGAGAUGACAUGACCGCGUUCGAGAGGAAGAAAGGGAAGGACCUACGAGGUCAGCAAGUGUUACUGCGUCCAGAGGAGAGUUCAGCUCCUAGCUUGACAAGCAGACAGUCCACCACGUUUCCUGAACAAGUCCAGGAUGCUCUGCUGCAGCUGGCAGCCGUUGUCGAUGUGCGCUCGCUGCGAGUGGCCCUUCGAGAUGUCUUACAGACUCUGCUACCCCACACGGAGUGCGUAUGUGUGUACACACUGGAGGGAAACUCGAGGCUGCUGUCGGACGACCCGCCACACGAGCUGCCACAGGAGGGCAAGAUCAGGAGUGUUGUUGAUCAGCUGAAGCGAUGUCAGUGUGCCGGCUUCCCCUCAUCAGAACUGCCAGAAAAAUACAAAAUCUGUCUCGCAGCCCCACUUAAAGCACACCAAAGAGCUGUUGUUAUUCCUAUCUUGGACCAGGAGCGGACCAAGGCCAUUGCUGUCUUACUGGUGGGCUGUAGUGCUCUCUCAGAUCAAGAUGAAGUUCAUCUUACUAUGCUGGAAAAACAUGCCUCUGUGGCAUGCGUCCGCGUCCAGCUUGUUCAGGCGUCCUACCAGAGACCCCCACUCAGCCCCUCACCCAUUCAGUCCCACAAUGCACUGCUGCACCUCGACGUCUCCGACCAGGACUACAGCGAGUUGGACCGCAACAUCCUUCAACUUUGUGGUGAGCUUUAUGACCUUGAUGCAGCGUCUCUCCAGCUCAAAGUCAUCAAUUAUCUGCAGCAGCAGACUCAGUCACAGUGUUGUUGUCUGCUGUUAGUGUCUGAGGACAACCACCAGCUUUUCUGCCAGGUAGUCGGAGACAAAGUUCUGGAGGAGGAAAUCAGUUUCUCGCUGAUGUUUGGACGUUUUGGUCAGGUUGUCGAGAAGAAAAGGUCAAUAACUCUUCGCGACAUCAGUGCUGAGGAGCGCAGGCAGCUGUGCAGUAUGUUGGCCUGUGAGAUCUCCUCCAUGCUGUGUGUCCCAGUUGUGAGCAGGGCUACGGGCCAAGUGGUGGCUCUGGCAUGCGCCUUCAACAAGCAGGGUGGACAGAGACACACAGAGGCCGAUGAACACGCCAUCCAGCACUGUUUCUGCUACACUUCAACGGUCCUCACCUCAACUUUGGCCUUCCAGAAGGAACAGAAGCUGAAAGUAGAGUGCCAGGCACUCUUGCAAGUGGCCAAGAACCUCUUCACACACUUGGAUGAUGUGUCCGUGCUCCUACAGGAAAUUAUAGUGGAGGCCAGGAACCUCAGUGGUGCAGAGAUCUGUUCAGUGUUCCUGCUGGAUCGCCAUAGCCACGAGUUAGUGGCCAAGGUGUUUGACGGUGGUGUGGUUAGUGAUGAGGAGAAGGAAUUCCGUAUCCCAGCAGAUCAAGGCAUCGCAGGUCACGUGGCGACCACAGGUCAAAUUCUGAACAUUAAGGACGCCUACUCCCAUCCUCUUUUCUACCGUGGUGUGGACGACAGUACCGGUUUCAGAACUCGCAACAUCCUCUGCUUCCCCAUCAAAGAUGAGACCAACGAGGUGAUCGGGGUUGCUGAGCUGGUGAAUAAAAUGAACGGGCCGUGGUUCAACCGCUUUGAUGAGGAUCUGGCCACAGCUUUUUCCAUCUACUGUGGAAUCAGUAUUGCCCACUCUUUGCUCUACAAGAAGGUUCACGAAGCUCAGUUCAGAUCUCACCUGGCCAACGAAAUGAUGAAGUACCACAUGAAGCUUUCAGAGGAUGAGGUGUGUAAGCUGCUGGUUGUAGGGAUCGAGCCGGUCAAGAAGAUCCACCCUUGCUUUGCUGAGUUCACCUACACCCCGCGCUCGCUACCUGAUGAGACCACACCUAUGUGUGUCCUCAGCAUGUUUGAAGACAUGGGUUUCAUCAACACGUACAAGAUCGACCGUCAGACUCUUGCCAGGUUUUGUCUAAUGGUCAAGAAAGGCUACAGGGACCCGCCAUACCACAACUGGAUGCACGCAUUCUCCGUCUCCCACUUCUGCUACCUGCUCUGUAAAAACCUUGGCCUGUCCAACUACCUCGAGGAUAUAGAGAUUUUAGCUCUCUUUGUCUCCUGUCUGUGCCAUGACCUGGACCAUCGUGGCACCAACAAUUCCUUUCAAGUGGCCUCGCAAUCUGUGCUGGCUGCUCUCUACAGCUCAGAGGGAUCUGUGAUGGAGAGACAUCAUUUUGCCCAGGCCAUCGCCAUUCUGAACACCCAAGGCUGCAACAUUUUUGAGAAGUUUUCACGAAAGGAUUACCAACGAAUGCUAGACUUGAUGAGGGAAAUCAUUCUGGCCACAGACCUGGCUCAUCACCUUCGCAUAUUCAAAGACCUACAGAAGAUGGCUGAUGAUGGCUAUGAUCCAAAGAGCAGUACCCACCGCUCCAUGCUGCUGUGCCUGCUGAUGACAUCAUGUGACCUGUCAGACCAAACCAAGGGCUGGAAAACCACACGCAAGAUUGCCGAACUUAUCUACAAAGAGUUCUUCUCUCAAGGAGAUCUGGAAAAAGCCAUGGGGAACAGGCCCAGUGAGAUGAUGGACAGGGAAAAAGCAUACAUUCCAGAACUACAGAUCAGCUUCAUGGAGCAUAUCGCCAUGCCCAUUUACAAGCUGCUGUCUGAACUACUUCCCGGGGCCACUGAGCUCUACGAGAGGGUGGCGGCAAAUCGAGAGCAGUGGACCAAAGUGUCCCACAAGUUCACCAUCCGGGGAUUGCCUAGCAACAACAGCCUAGACUUCUUGGACCAGGAAUAUGAGCUACUGCAGUCCCAGGGCGCUUUCGGGAGUGACCACCUCUGCCUUAACGGCUGCCUGGACGAUUGUGAAGGGGGGCACGGCCAGUGACACCAGUAGCCCGUCUUCAGGCUCAUGAAGAUUUUUUUGGGUGGUCCGAUAAUGAGGCUGGGACACAUUUUCACGGCCGAAGAAGGAGGGGUCCCACUGCUACUUGUCUUAGCAGCCAUGCAGGACGGACAGGACAUCAUUUCCAACAAAUCCAACGAGACGAACGAUCUGAAACAUCUGAAGGGGUUUUCAUGAUCACAUGCUCCAUGUUGCUGGUGUCCCCAGCUCACGAUCGCAGAAGGUGGUGCAGUGACAACUGGAAUAAGAUAUUUUACAAGUUCAUAUGUGCAGUACUCCUCCUGAUUAAGAUUGUACAAACACAUUGACACACAUGAACGUCUUUACAGAAACUUUCGGGGGUGAUACGUUGUCAUGUAAACACAUUAUCAAGUGCUUAUAAGUUGAGUGACAUGUUCCAUGAUGUUGAAUAUUGAUUUGAAUAGCUUGAGUGUCAUUCACACACAAGCAGCUGCCAUCAACUUUAAGAAUGCUUGCGAUGUCUUAUUCCACUUUUCCAUCACUAUUCAUUUCAUCAAAAUGUCAAUGCAGUCCACGUUUUCAUGAGAAUAUUUUUGUAUUGAAAAUUCUAAUCAAGUAGUACGGUCCAUCAUUUCUGCAUUACCACAAAAAUCUGCAAGGGCAAUUUGUUUUGACUUUUGACUCAAAGCCUUUUGGGCAAAACAGUUUCGACAAUCACUCUUCUACUCCCGUCAUAUUACAUUAGGGAAAAAAAUCGAAUUCAAAACCACACCACAACUUCUUGAAUUGUUUUCAAGGGAGUAAAUUCUUUCACCACUCAUUUGCCAACUUUUUUUCUUCCUAUUCUCACAGAACCACUAUAGACAAAGAAAGUGAAGCCCUUUAAACGAUCCAUCCCACCUGUUGUGUAAAUGAGCCAGAGUUGAGCGUGCUCCACCAAUUGUGUCAUAUGGAUCUGCCUUAUUGUGCAUCUUUGCUGCCUUUCUUAGAGCUUUUAAUAUAUACAACAGAAAUAAAAGAGCCUGUUUAUUAUCGUGUAUUUGUUAUAGACAUAGCUUGACUAUCAGUGUGGUGACUGAAGAACCAGCUCAGACAAGGUAUAUUUGUGAAAUAGCCUUUGUAAAGACCUCGAUUUUGUCAUUUCACCCAUUUGGUUUGAAAUAUGAAGCCACCAUUUGGCAAGUAUCACUGAUCAGGUGUUGCCUGUAUGGCUAGAAAAAGGAAUCAGCGAUGUAGCCAUCAAUGAAAUUAUUCCCAAAGGAAAAGUUAGAACGUUUUUUUUUUUUUUGGUUGUUUUUCCAGCUCUCGGAUUGUGCCUCAUUUAGAAACGUUGGGAGUCCUUUGUUAAACGUUGCACCACAUUUACCUUGUUUUAAAUAGGAAAUGCUGCAGCUUUUGUGAAGCCAACCACUGAGUUACACAACAUAAGUCUAACGGAGAACACUGGAUGUAGGCUGUGUGUGCCCGUGCGUGGAUGGGAGCGAGUUCAUGACCAAAUGAGUGCAUGAAAAGUUUGGCUGUGUGGGUAGCUGGGAAAGAGAGGUUUCAAUUAAGCCAGUUCGGCUUAUUUGAAAUGAUAUUGCUACGUCCCUGGUAAUGCCAUUGGGUGUGGAGGAAAGUAUAGAAUAAUACAAUCAGGGUGUAUACAUGUACUGUUUUGUCUUUCAACGUGUGUCAUGGGCAGUUAUGUUGGUGUGUGUAUUUUACUUACACAGCAUGGCUUGAGUCUUUUCUACUCAAGUGCUUUAAAAGGGCAUAGAUUUACGUGUUUUUACAGUUACUCUCCCAUUCAAGCUUUCUUUUACGUUGCUCCAUACCAUUUAAGUUUAUUUGAAGCAACAUCUGUAACGCUGCCUUUUUUCAUGUGCAAUUUGAAAUGUCUGCCUGAGUGAAAAUGUAAAUUCUCCUGGCGCUUGUUAAUUUAUUUCCUGGGAUUGGAGCUCUCUGAGGCUUUCGAAAUAAGGGUCACUGAAGUGUGACCGUUUUAAUCCCAGAAUACCUCAGAAAGUUUCGAUCUCAUUAUUGAGUGUGUAUCUGUCGUCGUGCGAUGCCUUUCGAGAGUCAAGGCUAUUUGGCCAGGUGCAGAUUUGGACUCCCUGGCCAAGCUUCAGAGUUAAAAGUAAACGUAUUCUCUUGUAGAGUGACGAUGUGGGCUAUUGUAUAUGUCAAAUGACUUUAUUUUUCUGCUCCAUUAUUGCCAGCUUUGAAAUGUCCCCAUCACAAUGCAGCAGGACUCAAACCUGUGAUAAGGCCAACUCAUCUGUGAUUUACAUGGUAACAGUGUUAAAAAAAAUAUUCCUGUAAAUAGGAAGGUUUGAAGAAGGAUGGGUUACGUUAUCUGUCAUUAUUACCGUGGGAAAUACUUUCUAUGUAAUUAAAGUGCUUAUUAUGACCCGACCCCCACUCCCUCCGAACUGAGUUUCCAAGAAACAUGAGAAAAAAAAUUUACUGUAUUCUGGAGUUUUGAUCAUGUCGCACAAACAGGAGCCAAAUCAAAUCUGAUACUGUAUAAAAGAUGCUUUACUGGGUAAUAGAUAGUAAUUGAUUUCUUUUUCUUUUGUUGUUGUUUUGUUAAGUCUUGAGAGCUUGGGCUAUGUCUUGACUUUCAAUGAACAAUGAUAUAUGGGGGGCGGGGGGGGGGUGAAGACAAAUGGAUGACUUUUGUUUGGUUCAUUUGUGGAAUAAAUGUGAUGAAAGGUGUCAA